UCAGAACUGCUCGGGUCGGGGUGCUGGCUGGGGUGAUAAGGCGUUUACAAAGAAGGUAGUGCUUUGUGCCAGAUCCGUCCCUCGGGCUGACUACGUUGGGUGGCAAGAGGAGGGUGGCUUGCGGCUCGAGGACCUGCUUCUGUUUCGUCUGGGGCCUUUUCUGAAGAAAGAAGUUCUGUUUGAUCCCCUGUUUGCAGAAUUAGAGCUGGACUUGGAAAGAGAUUUUAAUGGUUCCUAGGUCAGCCUCCUUUCUUUAGCUUACUUCAUGCUCUCUUCAGCUUUACUUGGUGCUUCCAGUUCCUGAGCCUUAUGAAGGGUUUUGCUGUGUAUACCAGGUUGCUUCAUGGACCGCUUGGGAUUCCUGCUUCUCAAGUCUACUACGGUCCCAUAACAAUUGGAAUCCUUGGGCCAGGCGUGUUGGGUCACACCUGUAAUCCAAGCACUUUGGAUGCCAAGACGGGCGGAUCACCUGAGAUCCAAGACAUACGCAUGAAUGAAUGCAAUGAAUAAAAAUCACACCUGGGAAGUUUCAAGGGCCUCCUAUACCAGUGCGCUUCCCACCUGCCAUGCUCAGCCCCUGUAAGGCGCACGAUCUGAGGAGGUGAUUUAAGUCGGCUACAAGACCAGGCGGACGCCGGACCCGGAAAGCCCGCGCGCUCUCCGCCCCGCCUGGAGGGAGGGCGUGGCCCCAGCACAGCAGCCCUCACACGGAACCCGGAUAUGACCUCGUUCUGACGGAGGCUCGGCCUUUUCCGCCCCUACUGUGGCCCGCGGUCCCCCCCUGCCCCGCCCCGUGAUUGGUCGGCCGGCCUCACGUAAAAAAAAAAUCUUUUUUGUGCCUGCGACGAAGCCUUCGGCGAAAGGCGUACACGUCGCAGCCAAUGAGAUGAUAGAAACGCAAAGCAGCGACCAAUGACUAGCUGGGAUGGGAUGGGCCGGCCGACCAAUCACGAGGCCUCGAAACCGGAUCUGGUUGCUGGACUGGGAAAUCUAGCUCGGAGAAAGCGUGAGAGGCUCUUCACGUGGGGCAGGGACAGCAGGCGCGGAGGAGAGGGCGAGCGUCUGUGAGAUUUAGUGACCCGCACGUGCGUUUGUCGUGUAAAGGUCAUCCGUGGGGUUUGGAGUGGGGGAACAAAUCAAUGUGACUUUUUCCGUGGAAAGAAUUUCCACUGCAGUAUCCCCUAGCCUGCGUGUAGUGGGCAAGCUCCUCAGAUGCCUCACAGGGAGUAGGGGAGUCUUGAAGACGCAGCUCCGGCAGUAGGAACAUGAACCUCUUACCUAAAAGUACCAAGGAGUUUGGCUCCGUUGACUACUGGGAGAAGUUCUUCCAGCAGCGUGGAAAGAAAGCUUUCGAGUGGUAUGGAACCUACCUGGAACUGUGCGGGGUGCUACACAAAUAUAUCAAGCCCAGAGAAAAGGUGCUGGUGAUUGGGUGUGGCAACUCAGAACUGAGUGAGCAACUGUAUGAUGUGGGCUAUCAGGAUAUAGUGAACAUCGACAUCAGUGAGGUUGUCAUCAAGCAAAUGAAGGAAUGCAAUGCCACCCGUCGGCCCCAGAUGAGAUUCUUGAAGAUGGACAUGAUGCAGAUGGAGUUUCCUGAUGCCUCGUUCCAGGUGGUGUUGGACAAGGGCACCCUGGAUGCUGUCCUGACAGAUGAGGAAGAGAAGACCCUGCAACAGGUGGACAGGAUGCUGGCUGAGGUUGGCCGUGUCCUGCAGGUGGGCGGUCGCUACCUCUGCAUCUCCUUGGCUCAGGCUCACAUCCUGAAGAAAGCAGUGGGUCACUUCUCCCGGGAGGGGUGGAUGGUGAGGGUGCACCAAGUGGCCAACAGCCAGGACCAGGUGUUGGAAGCAGAGUCUCAGUUCUCCUUGCCUGUCUUUGCCUUCAUCAUGACCAAGUUCAGGCCAGUCCCUGGCUCUGCCCUUCAGAUCUUUGAGCUGUGUGCUCAGGAGCAGGGCAAGCCUAUGCGGCUGGAGAGUGCCGAGCGGCUGGCUGAAGCGGUGCGGGAGCGGCAGCAGUAUGCCUGGCUGUGCAGCCAGCUGCGCCGCAAGGCCAGGCUGGGGAGUGUGUCUCUGGACUUGUGCGAUGGGGACACGGGGGAGCCACGCUACACCCUCCACGUGGUGGACAGCCCCACUGUGAAACCAUCGCGGGACAAUCAUUUUGCGAUUUUCAUCAUCCCCCAGGGCCGGGAGACUGAGUGGCUCUUUGGCAUGGACGAGGGCCGGAAACAGCUGGCAGCCAGUGCUGGCUUCAGGAGGCUGAUUACCGUGGCCCUUCACCGAGGUCAGCAGUAUGAAAGCAUGGACCACAUCCAAGCCGAGCUGUCGGCUAGAGUCAUGGAGUUAGCACCAGCUGGGAUGCCUGCCCAGCAGCAGGUGCCCUUUCUGUCUGUGGGGGGGGACAUUGGGGUCCGGACCAUUCAGCACCAAGACUGCAGCCCCUUGAGUGGUGACUAUGUCAUCGAGGACGUGCAAGGGGAUGACAAGCGAUUCUUCCGGCGACUGAUCUUCCUCAGCAACAGGAAUGUGGUGCAGUCAGAAGCCAGGUUGCUGAAGGAUGUGUCUCACAGAGCCCAGAAGAAGCGGAAAAAGGACAGGAAGAAGCAGCGGCCUGCUGAAGCAGAGGACCUCCCUGCAGCCCCAGAGCAGUCCAUUGAUAAGAGUUACCUAUGUUGUGAACACCACAAAGCCAUGAUUGCUGGCCUUGCCCUGUUGAGAAACCCAGAGCAACUCCCAGAGAUCCCACUGGCAUUGUUGGUUGUAGGCCUGGGCGGGGGCAGCCUCCCCCUCUUUGUCCACGAUCAUUUCCCAAAGUCCUGCAUUGAUACUGUAGAAAUCGACCCCUCCAUGUUGGAAGUGGCCACCCAGUGGUUUGGCUUCUCCCAGACUGACCGAAUGAAGGUCCACAUUGCAGACGGCCUGGACUAUAUUGCCAGCCUGGCAGAAGGAGAAGAAGCACAGCCUCGUUACGAUGUCAUAAUGUUUGAUGUUGACAGUAAGGACCCAACACUGGGAAUGAGUUGUCCACCUCCAGCAUUUGUGGAGCAAUCUUUCUUACAGAAGGUUAAAAGCAUCUUGAUUCCUGAAGGUGUUUUUAUUCUCAACCUCGUGUGCCGAGACUUGGGGCUAAAGGACUCAGUGCUGGCUGGGCUCAAGGCAGUGUUCCCCCUCCUGUAUGUCCGGCGAAUUGAGGGUGAAGUGAAUGAGAUCCUGUUCUGUCAGCUGCACCCUGAGCAAAAACUUGCCACACCAGAGCUCCUGGAAACAGCCCAGGCUUUGGAGCGGACCCUGAGGAAGCCUGGGAGGGGUUGGGAUGACACGUAUGUCCUUUCAGAUAUGCUUAAGACAGUGAAAAUUAUGUGAUUGCUUAGGCCUAGCAGCCCUCCUGCCUAGACUGACCUUGGACUCCCAACUUGCCAGAGACUGAAGAAAUACAAUACACAGUACUCUUAAGCUUCAUAUUUUUCUUGGUUUCAUACUUAACUACGUGUGACCUCCAGCUUGGUGAGGUUGCCUGAAGAUUAGGGAAAAUAAAAAUGUCCUUCCCAUCUUGUUCUCUUCAGUACCACUUGGGUUGGUUCGUCUUUGCUUCCUACAGCAUAUCUUUGAGUAGAAUUCCCCACUGAAGCCCUUAGCACAUGCUGCAUGCCUUAACAAGUAUAUACCAAGUUCUUCAGGACUCAAGACAGCCAAAUGUUAUUGCAUCUCUACUUACACUGGUUUGCUUUUCAUUUAUUCCUCUCUUAGUUCUAUAGUAGUAAUCUCAAGUGAGACUGCAGAGCAAGAUGCCAAAAGACUAUAAACAGAGUAGAGUUUCUAUAGAUGUGAGACAUCCACAGAGUUUCUCACUGUGGAUGAAACCGCUGCUGAAAUGGUUCCAAUUUUUAGGAAUCUGCUAACCCACUUCAUUAUUUGACAGCUUUCCUUGAUGAUGCAAACCUUAUAGCCUAAGCCAUUUGUCUUUUACUCAGUGGAGGGAGCGUAUGGACCUGGCCUCAUGGCUUUGCAUGUCAGAGACCUGGCAGACUAAAGUCUCUGGUGUUUGUUUACUGACAUUCAUUGAGUGACAACUAUGUGCCAGAUUCUGUGUAAAGAGUAGUGGUAGAAGUGAAAAUGUCUAAGAAUGACCAAAAACAUUAGUAAUAAAACUUAAUGGGUUCUGGGCAUUUUUCUAAGUGGUUUAAAGCACGGUCUCAUUUAAUCUGAGAUAAAGGAUUGUUAAGCCCAAACUAUAUCUAAACUCAGAUUUCACUCGGCUGGAAACAUCAAUCUUAACCAUUUAUUGAGAAAUAUUAAAUCAGUGAUUCCAA